AUGCAGGCUGAUACGACGGCCGGGUGGCUCCAGCAGCGUUUCGGUGUAUCGCCCUUGUACUUCAGAGCUGUAACACGACCUGUCCCGAGUCCGACCCAGGAGCAAGCAUACUUCGUUCGGCGAGACGAUGACGGCCAAAGUGUGUCCCUAGAUGGUUUCUAUCACUUCUUAGACUCGUUCAACGUGACUGUUAUCAAGAGCUGUGCCGUCUGGUUCUCCCAUCGCGUUCAAGGGGACCAGUGUUCGACGUAUAUGUUCCACAACUGUCUUAAGGCCGCGAAAGAAAACUUGUUCAACCUCUCACGAGAUAAUGCCAAUGCCCCUGCCUUUCUCCGACCCCUCGUCCUUGAUAUGUUCCUGGCCGAGGAUAGGUUAUUGUUGCUGCAGGGGAGCGGUGGCACCUUAAGUCUGCGCCUGUUUCAAUUCGAGGCCCAGGCGAACACGAAAAUGACAGCUGAGCAGGCAGCCACCGCAAUUGCAGAUCUCCAUAUCCAUUCCGGCCGCUUUCGCCACCUGCGUGGUCAGACAGCGGAUUUGGAAGACAACUUGCGGUUCCUCUCAUUGCUCAGCCGUCAGCUGUCUGAGCUCUCAGGCCCUCCUUCAAGCCGGGGCAGAGCGUUCGGCGCAGGUCUAGGGACCAUCUCCGAAUCCAUGAGCUUUCUUCAGUACCAGACAGAGCACCUGCUGCGCUGGCAGCUUAUGUACGUGGACCGAAUAUCCACCCAAAUCGGCCUCCUGUUCAACUUGGCCAACCAACUCGACAGUCGGACCAAUCUCGACAUUGCCAGGCUGACCUCGAAGAUAUCGAUCUCUACACAGCGCGAUAGUUCGUCUAUGAUCACAAUCGCCAUCGUAACCAUGUUCUUCCUCCCAGGAACCUUCGUGUCUGCAUUCUUCAGCAUGGUAUUCUUUGACACGAAGGAAGACACACGUGGACGUCCUACCAUGGUCGUUGGCCCUCAGGUCUGGAUAUACGUGGUUGCCACAGCCAUCCUCACCAUCAUGGUGUUCUGCGUCUGGGGUAUUUGGCAUUAUCACCGCAUCAGGCGCCAGUCAGUACAUCUUGAUGUCGAGAACCGCUCGACGGUCCUCCCGCAGAAGGGUGACGAGAUUACUUAUAGGGCGUUUCGUCCAUAG